CCCCCAUCACCAACACCUACGCCUCGCUGCUCCCUCCUCCUUCACUAUCUGGGUCUCUGGGGAGGAAGGUGGGGCAAGGAUCAUGUAAACACCCCCCCUCCUCCUCAUCUGCCUCCUUGUCCUCUCUUUUUUCUUCUUUCCUCGCAAAUUCCCCCUCUUCCCAUCCUCCAGUGCCUCCAUCCCAGAACUAGCUCAGUGAUGUUUCUUCAUCUUUUAUCUCUCCUCCUGCAUGGACAUCGUUGGGUGAGGUGAAAGGGGAAGGCAGGUGUGGAGGUGAGGCGGCGAUUGGGCUACAACCUUAAAACUCAUGUGACAGCACAUUAACCGGAGGCGAGACUUUGUCACGCUCCCACAGCCGCCACCAAUUCCCCUUACUGCCUCCCUCCUCCUCCUCCCUCAUGCUACCUUCCCACCGCAGUUACACACACCUCCCUCCCUCCCCCUCCUGCAACGCAACUCCUCUCCGCUCACUCCGCGGCUUGUGAGACCGUUGGCAGCCUUGGUGCGUGGAGGGAAAGAGAAAGGAGAGAGGAGAGAGUGAGGCUUUCCCAGAAUAGAGAAGCAGGAGGAGGUGAGAGGGAUGAUGAUGGAAGCCAGCUUUGACACUGAGGAGAGUUUUGACGAUCCCUCCUGUCUCGCCCCGCAGCCCCCCGGCUCUGUUUCGCCGGCCAAGAGGCAGAUCAAGGAGGUCAAGGAGACCAAGAUCACCAUAAACUGUGUGACUUUUCCUCUGCCUGGAGAAGGUCCGGAGCAGCAGCUCCUCAAGCCCGACGAAUGGAGCUACUGCGAUUACUUCUGGACCGACAGGAAAGACCCCCAGGGCACCACGUUGGUGACGGGCUUCGAGGUUCUCCUGCAGAAGCAGCUGAAGGGCAAACAGCUGCAGAAGGAGAUGGCCGAGUUUAUCCACGAGAGGACUCUCGGAGAAGCGUGGACUCAGCUUAAGAAGAGUCUCCAUGAUGAGGCUGAAGUUCACCUCAAGUUCUCCAACAAGCUCCACACGGAGGUAGAGAAGCCCUUGCUGACCUUCAGGGGCGACAACUUCAAGAAGGACCUGAAGAAGUACGACCAUCACAUCGCCGACCUCAGGAAGCAGCUGGCCAGCCGCUACGCCAGCGUGGAGAAGGCACGUAAAGCCCUGGCAGACAGGCAGAAGGAUCUGGAGGUGAAGACCCAGCAGCUGGAGAUUAAACUCAGCAAUAAGACGGAGGAGGACAUAAAGAAGGCCCGGCGGAAAUCCACACAAGCAGGUGAUGACCUGAUGCGCUGUGUGGACCUCUACAACCAAACCCAGUCCAAGUGGUUUGAAGAAAUGGUGACAACCAGCAUGGAGCUGGAGAAACUGGAGGUGGAGCGGAUCGAGUGGAUUCAGCAGCAUUUACGACAGUAUACGACCCUACGGCACGAAACAGACAUGUUCAACCAGAGUAUGGUUGAGCCCGUCGACCAGCUGCUGCAGAAUGUGGAUCCCGCCAAAGACAGAGAGCUGUGGGUGAAGGAGAACAAAACCGGCGACGUUCGGCCUGUGGAUAUGGACAUAUAGCUCGUCCCGGCCCGACCUGGGAUCAGCUGUCCUGUCUUCAGCAUUAAAACACAUCCACAGAAUCCAGGAACACUUGACGACACUGAUUCGGGGACGGUGCAUGUUCAGACCCCUGAGGUCUGCUCAUCCUCUCUCUGAGUGGAACAGUGAGGAGGAAAACAGUCCAGCUAACAGUAACGGACCCAAGUACCAGCAUGUUCCUACUAAAUUUAAACCCCAUCAUAAUCCACAUUAGCUUACUGAAUGCCAUUUAACAUAUUCUGCUGUUUACCUGUUGUAAAGUUGAGAUUAUUAAAAAAAUGUACGUAUUUUGAAUUGUUCAGUUUAGCGUCAGCCAACACUUUUCCAGUCUGAGUAAACCAAACAAAAAAAAAAAAGGUCUGAUUAUUGAUAUUAUUUUGGAUACUGAAGCAUACUGAGAUCUUGGAAUGAUAUAUUUUCAUAAUUUGCUGGUCCAUUUUGGUGGAAAUGCAUGUUUUGAAUAUAUUGUUUUCACUGUACGUGGAGAGCUGCACACUCUGUGGAACCAUGAUGGCUGUUUCGGUGUAGUUUAUGGAAGUUAAACAAGGUAUUCUCCAUCUUGUCCAUAAUUUUGGAGCUUUCUCCCACUUAAAAAAAGGAAAGUGUACAGCAUAAAUAUCCAGAAACCUCAACUUUUCCAAGCAUUUUGCAAUCAGGAUUUGAUUACACUCAGCACAAGUCCCAAGAUUUAGGCCAGGGUCUAUUUUGAAUCAGCGCGAAGGAGGAAAAGGUGGUCCAAAUUACACUGAAACACCUUUUAGUGCCUAACGGUUAUAUACCUGGAAUGUCCUUGAUUUAUUCUUCUCUGCAUCGGUGUACAUUUGUACAUACUGGUUCGAUGUUUGCACUGUUCAACGUCGUCUGUUUCACGUUUCGUCGACCCUUAAAGAGAAGAUCUUUAAGGGUCGACAUGCAGCGGGAAGUGCGAGGUGAUAGAGAUAUCCGAGACUGCAUGUAGACUACGUGUCCGUGUUUACAUAUAUGUGUUUGUUUGUCGCUGUCUUUACAUUUUGUCGUUUGUUUUGGAAUCAUUUUUCUUUUCUAUGUUCCCAGAAGGACAAAGUUAAAUAAUAAAGAUUUUAAUCCAGCUGUCGGGCACUCAAAAAAAGUUGUGAAAAAGUAAAGAAAUGCUUAGCUGCCUUAUGGAAAACACUUUCAGACUUUGCUUUGCCCCCACCCCCUAAAACGGCUUCAUGUGUAGGUUUGAAAUAGUGUAUUUGUUGUAGAGGUUUUUAUCAGUGUGUCUCAAUGUUGUGCACUAAGUGUGACGAGUUAUUAUGUUCCAACUAAAUGUUCUUGACCCGAAUCCACAAUGACAUAACGGUUGAGUUAACUGCCCUUCUGUGGUGACUGUUUUCAUUAACGUGAGUUUAAUCCGAUUUUCCCAAUGUUUUUAAGAAUGUUGGAUCACAGGUGACCUCUGUCCCGACGGUGUAGUGAGGAAUGCAGUGUCCAAAAUAAAUCUCCUCUUUGAAAAUUAAAUGCCACAGCGUGUCGUUAUGUAACUCUGCCAGGGGGGGGCGGGGGGUUUAGAAAUGGGCAGUUACAUCUGCAAGAUGUUUCAUUUAAGAUCUGAUUGAUGUGAAUAAAAAAAAUUAAACUCA